AUGGCCAGCUUCGAAGACUUGUUCAACUCAAGCGUCUUGCAGGUCUUUGCGCCAGGAAGCGCACUCGAGUUUCCGGAUGGCGUCUCCGGCGAGAAGACGAAGGACUGGCUUUCUAGCCUUAUGCAGACCUACGGACAGGAAGAUGAAAUCAUCAACUUCGUCCUCAUUAUCCGCUUUCCUCACUCGCAGGAGGAGUCUGAGACUACGCCAGAGGUUGUGAAACCUCCAAUCAGCCUUCUCUCUUUCCUCGCGCAUCUCCAGAUCUCGUACGAGGCCUCUACAUAUCUCCCUUCACCUCUGUCCCGUCAACUUCAUCUGGACAAGCCAGUCGCCCUCCUUGCUGCUGCUCAUCCGAACAUCUUCCCACCGGCCACGCCGAAUCCUGUCCCGUCAGCUGCUAAGUCUGACCAGCAGUAUGUACAAUCCCAAGGUACCCAGCUCACGACGGGCGUAUGGGGCGACCACCAUAUGGGUCCGACGCGCGAGAUGUCUGAAGCCUUUGCGCUACUCUGGGCAGCAGACGAACAGGAGUGGGUCGCCGUGUACCGCAUGUCGGUGCUCGUCCGUUACAUGGCAACGAAAUUCGAAGAUCCCCUCCUGUCUCUGACGGUGUCAACGACCCUCCGAGAGAAGCCUCUGCCUAUAACUCCCCCUCGACGAGCGAUAGCCGCGCUCCUGGAGGAGGUCGGUGGCUCUGAGAAUCCGCUCGACAUAAUGUCGCCAAUCAAGUCUGCUGCAGGAGACACUACGAACAAUGCAGAACAGGAUGAUGAUGACGAUCUACUUUCUGGCCUGGAAGAGAUAAAUCUAUUGGAGGAUCCUACAUUCGCUAACUCAGAAGACGCGCCCCUGAGACUCCCUUCCACUCGUCUCGGACCGAAGACCCGCCGGACAGCUUUUGCGCUCCCUCCAGUACCGGGUUCUUCGUCAUCAUCGCAACAGUCAAGAGCGUCGCUGACGGCCUCCGCGGCUGCGAAGACGAGGCUCCCGCCCCCUCCCGCGAGCGCGACCUUCCGAAAGUCAUUCCGCAAGACGAUGAAGGUAGUCUCCGGCUUCCACGUGCGCAUGCGCACAGUAUUCGUCCCGUACUUCCUGCUCCCGCGCAAUGGGCAGAAGAAGCGCAAGGUUAUCAGCACUAACGGGACGACCGACGAAGAUGAGGACGAGGAUGAUGUCGAGACGCGCGAGCAGCGCGAGGCGGGCAACGAAGAGCACACCGUCGUGCUCUCCGUCGAGAUCGAGAACACGUUCCCGGACAUCCCCGUGCCCACUAUUCCGAACUAUAGCUUCGAGAUCGAACGGGCAGACGUCACCGUCAGUGGCACUGGCGCGAAGACCGUACUUGUCGCAUGGGGCGACGCUGCAGACGUCUUCCCCGUGCGAAUUGGCCCCAAUGAACAGGUCAACUUGCUCUACGCAGUGUCGUUCUUGCGCGCGCCGGAAGUGGACGACAUGGCUAUGGCGCCAGGGACAGGAGGGCAGGCGGGGAAGAGGACGAGCGUCGCGUCGGCGGCGGCAGCAGCGCAGGAGAUGCGCCGCUCUGUGUCGAUCAAUAUCAGCGUCCUGCUUCUGGAGGACGUGGGGGCGAAGAUGGUACGGAACCGGUGCACUGCCGACACCAGCGUCGCCGUUCCCGAACAUCCCAGCACGCGUGCCGACUAUCGUGGCCUCGAACUCCGCGCAGUCGUUGCGUCCACAGUCCCUCCCAGUCCUAGCGUGGCAGGCAACCGCAAGUUCACGUACAGCGCUCUCGACUCUCCUGCCAUCGAUGGGCGCAACAAGGCGAAGUCGCCUGUGAAUUACCAAGGCCCAACCGCCAUGCUCAACCCUGCCAACCAACCCAAAGCGCCAUACCCCUCACAGCGAUCCUCGCAACAUCAACCCGAUCAUCAGUGGAAUCUCGCCCGUGGCAGGCAACCGUGCCUCUUUCAUGCCGCCUCCGUGGCGUUUCAAUCGACGUACCCUCGUUCACCCACGACGUACGCGAGUCCACAGGACUCGUACUUCUCGUUUGGUGCGUUGGGUCAAGCCCAGGGACAAUCGCAGUUGACGUCUCCGGCGCGGAAGAGCCUGGACGCCCCGCACACCAGCGUACCCAGCGUACCCCGGCUCUCCACCACCAGUGCCACCGACCCAUUCUGGCAGGCCCGUUGCGCAGCAGACCGUAAUGUGGAGGUGAGUGCUGAAGUGGAGAACAAGGCGGAGGCGGGAGGACAGCCGAUUGUCGUCAGCGUCGGUCUGCUCCCGACCAUCAAGGAGGGCAGUUCGAAGGGCAAGGAAGGACGUCAGGCGAUAUAUACCCGUUGGACCAUUUACGCUGGAUAUCUUCGUGUUCAAUCAGAGCUCGUGGACGAGAAGGUUCGAGGUGAGCCAUCCGGACGAGAGGAGCGGAGACGCAAGGGCAAGGGCGACGGGAAGAAGACUGACGGCGGAUCUCCGGGGAUCAUGCCCCUGGAGAACCGAGUGCGCAUCGGGCCUCUACUACCUUCGACUUGUCAGUCCGUGCGGAUGGACUUUUUGGCGCUGACUCCGGGUGUUCACCCUAUCGACGAGCUGGUACUUACUGACGUGCAGAGCGGCUUCAGUAUGCACCUACGCUCGGUGAUGGACGUAGUCGUUUGUGAACCAUAG